AGAUAAAGAACAUAAAUCUCAGUCGGGUCUGUUGAGCCAUGUUUGGAUCAGAGGGUGAACGGAGGACCGGUGUUCUGCACAGCAGGACAUCUCGCCGGGUAGGAUAAUUUGGCAGAACACCUGUUGAUCCAGGCGCGGUGUUGAUGACAGCAGAAGGCUGAAACUCCAAACCAUAACUCAAGCGAGAAGCCAUUCCAACAAAUAAGUAAGAUGAAACAGAUUGCUGAUGGAGGACAUCCAAGACCCCGAGAAGAGAUGCUAAGUGAUGUUGAUGGAACUAAAAUGUCAUCAGACAUUAGAUUUGACCCUGUGACUGUCAACAUGAACAUCAGCUCAGUGUGUCUCCCCUUGGUCUCUGAGAACAAGAAGCUUAUAUGGGUGCCCUCGCAGCAGAUUGAGCUUCAUCCAAAUGAAGCAGCAGAGCUGGACAAAGCCUUCGACAGAUUUCCAUAUCUUACAAACGAACAGACCGCUGCACUGGCACAACGCUGCUCCCUGCAUCCAGACCAGGUCAAGGUGUGGUUCAUGGCACAGAGGCUCCGCUAUGGUAUCAGCUGGGACUAUAAAGACAUCACUGAGGUCUGUAGCAAGUUAAAAUCCAGUGAAGGAGAUACUGAAGGAAAUGAGGAGUUAAAAAGCACGAAGGGAAAGAAAGAGCACAAACAAGGAAAGAAAAAGAAACAAAAGGAGAAAAAUAUCAGAGACAAUGAGCAGCUAAAGAGAAAAACAGUGCAAGAGCAACCACUUCAGACAGAGAUAAAUAGAACAGUGAAAGAAGACAAAGUCAGCCCUGAAAAAAAGCAGAACAUGAUAACAGGGAUAGAUGAGAGAGAAAGGAAGAGGAUGAGGCCAUAUAAUGUGGAAGUCAUUGAGGGGGAAACAAAACCAGAAGUAAAGAGUGAUAACUCUGAGAACGAGGGGCAAAAAUGCAAGUUAGAGGACACUUUUCAGAAAUUAAUCCAGGAAUUGCCUGCCUACAUGAACACCAAUGUUCCCAGUGUCCCACAGGUGGCCAGUAACCCAUUCACAGAGGUCGACAAUCCCCUUCUUGCAGGAGAUCAAUGUACCUUUGCUAGACAGAAUAAGAACAACGGUUCAGAUGCAUGUUGUCCUUCCUGUAUAAGUAGUAAUAAAGUAAAGACGCAUGCUCAGCUGUCGAUUAUGAAAGUGGGUUUCAUUAAGUGUCAGUACCCAGACAAUGACUACUACAGGCAACUGGCACUGGUGACUGGGCUUUGUCGCAAAAAAUUAGUGGAGUGGUAUAGUGACACGCGCUAUCAGGUCAAAAAAUCAAAGCCUCGCUGGAUGAAUGAGAAGCAACACAGGCAGGCAUUGGAUAACAUCAAGUAUCGACAGCGGUUAACCAAGCUGGCACAGCUAUAGCCAAGUUCAAGCGAUGGCUGUGACGACUGGACCAUGGGGAGGAACAAAGUAUGGAGGUGUGUCAAUUCUAGAUAUCACACCAGAAUUUCUCACCUUGUGUUACUGAAGGAAAUGAGACUGGACCAUUUGUUAGCACAUUUCCAAAGGAAAAAACUGACCUGUUCUAAUGUAAUCUUUGAAAAAAAGGACAAAAAAACUUGCCACGUUAGAGAAAGUUCUUGUAGAUUUUUUUUUCGUCAAAUUAGUACUACCCCUGUUACAUGUCUAUUGUUGAAAGACUUACAGUAUGAGUCUGUUUGCUCAGUAAAAAUGUUUUUUAAUUGUCAUGCAAAUAAACCCCUUUCAUUCCUG